GGGAGCGGGUCACUGACUCAGACUGCAGCUGAUCUGAGAGCAGAAGGAGAGACAGGAGAGCAGAUCAGCGCGGCUGAAGGUGCGAUGCCUGAGGUCAAGUCAAUGUUCAGGGAGGUUCUGCCCAAACAAGGCCAGUUGUCCAUGGAGGAUGUUCCCACCAUGGUCCUGUGCAAACCCAAGCUCCUGCCCCUGAAGUCGGUGACUCUGGAGAAGCUGGAGAAGAUGCAGCAGGAGGCGCAGGAGGUGAUAAAGCAGCAGGAGGUGGCGCUCAGGGAGCAGCGGCAGCAGAACCAGCCCGAGCCGGAGCAGUAGCACCAUGAGGAGGUGCAGCACAGGAGUGUGAGGAGCACACCUUCAUCACAACCUCGUAUCACAACCUGCUUAGCUUACACCAAUUUAGCCCCGCCCACUCGCUAAAGGUGUGUUUGACUGGACUUUGUUUUUUUAUGUGAAAAACAACCACAUAAACACACAGAAUGUUGAACCACCCUGGCAGUGGCAGGUUUCUUCAGUCAAAGAAACAACAUUUUGAUCUACUGGUUGAGAACCCUAGACAGAAAACACAGUAGGAUUAGCCAGUAGACUUCGUCUGAGGGAGGGAUCUGUAUCUUGGUGAGUCAGGAGAGGAGGGAGAUGAGUCCCAACCUCGUAUCACAGCAUAUCGCUGGGGUUUGAGCUCGUAUGAAAGGGUCAAUUAGGCCGAGUUCACUAUAUUCUUGUAGUUUCUGAGGUAUUUUUCUUGUGUUUGGGGAAUAUAAGCUUUCUCAGGUAGUCAGAUUAACCCCAAGAUAAUAGAAGGGCUUAAGUUAUCUCAGAUGUAUAUGUAUCAUUUCUUUUUAAAUGUUCACUGUCUUUAUAAUUAAAAGUUUCAAAUACAUUCAAAAA